CAGACUAUAUAAACCCGCAGAGACCCAACAUCUCCUGGAGACCUCCUAAAGUUUGCAACGCUGCAAAAACUGCAUUGGGACAACUUCGGCUGCGCGCACCAAAAAAAGAACAACCCAAGACGGAUUUGCAAGCAUGCAUCUUCACUUACUUGCGUUCACGUUCGUGUGCGUGCACUGCGGAACAAGUGCGCUGGCCGUGUCCGCCACCGACGCGCCCUCCCCGGCGUUACCGGCGGCCAACUUCACCAGAACCGGUGCAGAAACCGACGCUGGUGCGGGCUCUAAGAGCAGGAGGAAGCGUUACAUCAGCCAGAGCGACAUGGUGGCCAUUCUUGAUUACCACAACAAAGUGAGAGGCAAGGUGUUUCCUCCGGCGUCCAACAUGGAAUACAUGGUGUGGGAUGACAAUCUGGCUAAAUCAGCUGAGAACUGGGCCCACGCCUGCCUGUGGGAGCACGGCCCGUCUCACCUCCUCAGGUUUCUGGGUCAGAACCUCUCCGUCAGGACAGGACGGUAUCGCUCCAUCCUCCAGCUGGUGAAACCGUGGUAUGACGAGGUCAAAGAUUACUCUUUUCCUUACCCACGUGACUGCAACCCCCGCUGCCCCCUCAGAUGCUACGGCCCCAUGUGCACCCAUUACACACAGAUGGUGUGGGCCACGUCCAACAAAGUGGGCUGUGCCGUCCACACGUGCCACAAUAUGAAUGUUUGGGGUUCUAUGUGGAAGCGGGCGACGUAUCUCGUCUGCAACUACUCGCCAAAGGGCAACUGGAUCGGCGAGGCUCCCUACAAGGUUGGCGUCCCCUGCUCCGCCUGCCCUCCCAGCUAUGGCGGCUCAUGCAGCAACAACAUGUGCUCCCCUGCUGUGAAGACAAACUACCUGCACUGGUUCAAAUAAGGACAAGACCCCCUAUCGUCCCCUCGAAGCCACAUUACCACAGAGACGCUAUUCCAAUGGGAUAGCGUCAUGAUUUGCACAACAGGCGCGGACCAGACUAUUUUUUGUAAAUAUGGGCUUAUUUAAAGACAUAGAGACACAUUUAAAGGCAGCAGACAAUUUUGACAAUUUGUACAUAAACUGUAAAAUAAUGUAACAUGUUAUGAUGUGUAAUUUAUGUGUAAAAUGGGUCUUUAAAAAUCACACACCAGGGCGCUGCAUAGAGUUUAACCGUGAACAUGACGACAGUUGCUCAUACGUGCUCACCAUGGUGCUAUACGGGCAUCACACCUCCAUGUUGUGUGCUCUGCUUUUUGUAGGAAUGUUGGAAUAGAACCUUCAAACGGACGGCAGCCUAGCAACGCUCCACGCUUCAUCCUCGGUCGUCUAUUUUUGUCCCGCCAGGAAUUGCUCAGACAAAAGUGCACUUAACUGUGACAUUUUUAAUGCUGACUUCUACGACUUCUGUUUGGAUUUUUAAAUUUAAAUCUGCGUUUAUUGGGCUUCAACUGACUAAAGCACAACAAAUCUGACCCUCUUUUGGUGUAAUAAUCAUAUGUUUCAUAUUGUACACUUUGUAUUGAUAUACUGGACAUUUUGUUUAUUUGUCAUGCACUCAAGUGCACCUUAAUCGUUUGUAAAUGUCCAAAAAUGUCAUAUUCAUUUUUGUAUACGUGUACAUAAUCAUUAUACCAUGGCUAUUCUUUAAACUAGAAUUAUUGUAUAAGUUAUUCAUUUUUAUAUGGGAAAAUAUUUAACUGAUAUACAUGUUGUUUGUAAUUUUUGGUUUGUACAUAUAGCGACACAAUUGUUAGUAUGUGGUUCAUUGGCAACGAAGCACUAGCAAAAAUAUUGGCAGAUGGCUCUUUUUUAUGUAACUGAAAUUUUUGCAGCAUCCUUAAUUGAUGGAAAAAAAGUGGGCAUUGCUGCCACAAAAACAGAAAAUGUUCCGCACUGACUGUAUUUAAAACAAGCAAUUUAUGCAAUGAACUGCUCUCCUGCGAAUUUUUAAUAAAUUGUAUAA